UAUAGCAGAGUGCUAUGUGAUAUUGAUGUUUGAGAAGCGGUAGGAAGGAGUUCAUGGGCGCAGGCGGCCAAACAAUCGUAUCCAUCGACAACACUGUCAGGCAGUCGUCAACCAGGCUAUGGGUUAUUAUUGAUCAUUACGGAACGAUCGUGGAUCGGAUCCGCAAUCAUAGAAAGGAGCCAGCCACAACAAACAACAGUCAUAGAAGUUAUCAGACUGUUGUGGUUAUUGUUGUUGUGGGCACAGUAAUUUAAUCGAUGGCACCGUUUGUGGUAGUUGCAGCUAAAACGAUGUUCCUAUAGGCACAAUUAAUGAAAAUUCCCUAAUCUCCAUGUUACGUGGCUAUUUGGUGUUGCUAUAUUUGUACUAGGUGUUUUGUUCGCGCGUGGAGUGCUUGUACUCGGAGCAGUGUGUGUAUGUCUGCUAAGCAUUUGUGCAAUAUGUCAGAUAAGUAAAUGAGCGAGGCAGUGGAAAACGCGCGGUGAGAGUGAAACCAGAAGACGCGGGGUGGCUACUCUGUAACGUACUAUAAGAACUUCGGCUUCACGAUUAGGUUCAUAAACCAAAAAAGUAGAAAUGUAAAAAUAAUUUGUCGCAAUAUUAGUCAGAAGCAAAAUACAUUGGAGUUCCAAUGUUCGAUUUUCGACUCUUAAUGCUACUACUCUUGGUUUAUGCUUGCAUACUAGCAUUUUUUUCUAAUAAUCGCCACUUAUUAGGCACAUCUCAAAUUGUAUAGGAAUUGUUUAUCAAGAUAAAAAAAAGGGUCUAUCUGCAUAACCAAGCAAGUAGUGUCGAUUUAUGUAUUUGCGGAUGGAGAUGAACUCGACAGACAUUGUAUACAUUCAGAAAAUUUGACUUGGUUUGGGACCAUAUAUCUCAGCUAAAAAGUAUAUCAACCAACUGUAAAAGAAAGUUUAUAAAAAAUAGUCAUAAAAACCUCAAAAAGAAACCAAAAAAACACUAAUCCAAAUUCAUUACGAAGGAAAUAAGUGAAAAUUAACUUGGACAAUACUGUCGAUCUGCUUGAGUUUAUUCUCCUAAGAAAAGCUGUCCUUUUUAAUACAAAGGUUUUCCUUUGUGUAGUAGCCAGUACUAGCGAAACUGAUAUCAGCUGUACAUAAAUCAAGCGUUUAAACCUUGAAAGAAUGUACAAUAAGUUGAGUGGGUCAGAUAACAGGCCAUCUGCGUGCAACUCAUGGGUGUCGUAGUUCUGUCGAAAGAAACUUUAAGCUAUGAGGCACUCCGGGCCGAGGAUUGCCCAAGAAAAGGGAUUUUAAAUAUUCUCCUUUGGAUUUUAUUUAUCGUCUUUCGUUUGUAUAUAUUUUAUUCAAAAAUGGAAAACCUUUUUUACGUUAUUUUGGUACAUUUUUACUUUAAGCGGUGGUUCCUCAUAUGGCUGAAUGAGUUUUGUGUUGACGCCACGUCAUGUUGGCUUAUUUUGGAUGGGUGCCCAAGAGAGUGCUGAAAUCUUAUAAUAUAUAGUCAGAAAUGCACAAUUAGAUGCCGAUGACACAGAUUUGGAAGCAGAUUUUUAUCAAUAAUUUCCCCAACGACGUUACAAACAGAUAACAGCGUAUUUCAAGCCCAUUAACAAAUCUGGCGCUGGCGGUAGUAAGUGGCUAAGCGUGCAUAAGCUACUGCUUAAAACCGUUGAUUUGAUACUGUUAAUUAUUUUUUAAAUGAAAGUUUUUCGUUAUUCAGAAGUGUGUUGUGUUUACGUUUCAGAAUAAGAACCAUGUUAAGAAAUAGGAAUCUAGUCUACUCGAAAAAGCAUUACUCUAUGAAACUUACUCGAAUGGGACAAACUAAAGGGCACAAAACCUUUGAGCCACUACGUUCAGUCGACUUGAGGAGUGUCUUGUAAAUAAAGAUUAAAUUAGCUUGCGUGCACGAAUUUUACUAUGCCCUUGAGAGUGCCUUUGGUUAUUCUAUUAAAAAUAUACGGAAUAAUUAUUACCAGCACUGUAAGCUACAUUUAACAAGAUAUUUCCUAAAACUAUGUGAAUCUUCCGUUUGUGAACCUACAAAUGAGGAUUUAGACAAACUAAUUUUGCUGCUAAAUUGCACAAGUAUUUAUAUAAUUGUUGUGUUUAAUUGUUUGUUCUUUUGCCUCCUUUUAGCAACUUAAGCACCAAACAUGUCUUCGUCAUUUUCACCAUUUUGGCCACUAGGCUCCCUAUUCCCUAGUGAUAUGCCGACACCGGGACCGCCCCCUACUCCAACACAUUCACUCGCUGUUCAAAGUGGAGCUCCUGUGACGCUUCAGAGCAGUGCGUCGUUGUCUGCUGUCGGAGGACUCCCUAUUUCUCAUGGCGCCACCAACUGUGCUGCUCUGAGCCUGCCAACAGGUCCUGGACCCGAAUCCAUGGCAUCUGGCCCAGUCGGAGGAAUGUCGACUUCCUCUGUUGUUGGAGGGGUUUCUUUGCCGGCGCCGGCUGCGCCGAGUGGCGGGUCGGGCCUUCAGGCCAAUACUUCGUCCGCUACUUCUUCGUUAUCGGAACCAUUGGCCAUGUUACAUAAUCACGUUGCUCAUUCACCAAAUUCAGUUGCGCUUCAGGUACCGCCCCCAGAAGAGCCUCAAGUCCUCACCGCGUACUUUUACCCGGCCCAACGUUGGACAUCAGGAGGUUCUAACAAAAGUACUAAUUGGUGGUGUGAUGCUUUUGGCCCAUACCAAGUUGAACAAGUGGAUGGAGUAGGUAUGGUCCGCGGAGUCGGUCCAUUUUAUAUGCGUCGACAGAAGCCUGGGGAUCGGCAAUACAUCUGUAGUCACUACAAGAAGAAACCGAGCCCUUGCAAAGCAAUGGCUACUCUUAAAGAUGAUGGAACGUUCAUAAGAAGGCGAUACAUGCACAAUCAUUUCCCAGAACCAGUGAUGCCGGAAUUACGACCUAUGAUGCCAUAUCCUCCAUAUCCACACCACUUACCUCCGCCAACGUUUGAACAGGUGGCCAGUAUUACGCUGGGUCCUCGCUAUGUGACAAAAGAUCCUGUACUUGAGGAGUUUGAUACCUUUAUUAAGAUGUGGGACGCGGAGAAGAACGAAAUGAAAGAAGUGAAAAUCACAGCGGAAAAUUGCGCCGAAAUCGCUCGAACAGCAAAGGGCGUCGAGGUUAACGGAAAAAUAGUGUAUCAUUGCCCUGUAGAAUCGUGUGACCGAAUGUACACCCAGCGUGCCAGCGUCGUCCUUCACAUGCAAAUGCACGUCCGGGGUAAGCGAUGCAAAUAUGCCAGGGUAGCAGAGAAACUUUGUCCUCUCUGCCGCGAAGAUCAGGGCACCCAUUCAGCUCUUGUACGACAUAUCGUUGACGAACAUGAUACCCGUAUUGAAUGUACAGAACACGAAUUUGAGACUGCUGACGAUUUUCGAACGUGGAAGCUACGCACGGAACAAGAAACACUGUCAUCGUUUCGCUGUCGCCGGAAGCCCUACGGAAAUAAGGGCGUAAAGGGAUGGUAUGAUUGUUGUCGAACAGGAAGCACUCAUGCCGAAAAAGAGGGUGCCCGCCUACGAAGAGUCGGUGUGGAGUGUCCCGCAACAAUGAUUGUCGGUGAAACCAGUGGCCGUAUCACAGUCACCUAUUGGCGCACCCACAUUGGACACACACCUAGCAUUAUUGAUCUUCGGUUUACACCCGAACAACGGCAAUGGAUGCAAGAAAUGAUUGACAAGGGUCAUAAAGUAAAUUCUCUAAUCGCACAAGGUGCAAAGCUUUACCUUGGGGGACCCCUUACUCGGUUAAAUUGUUUAACGCAACAGCAGAUAUUCAACGUAUUCAAGAAAUUUGAUGGAAAACCUAAGGAUAUAGACGUGAAGAUUCAUCAUUAUGAGUACGGCAAUAUAGACCAGAUACGGGUAGCGCUGGCAAAAAUGAUUCGUGACGGACUUGAUAGACAAAGUACAAUUGGGCAGAAACGGAGAUUUCAACGAAAAGCGAUGCGAGACGGUGGUCGGGGUGACGGAGACGAAAUCCAUUAUAGGGAUGUCGACGAUGGUGAAGAAGAGGAGCUUCGGAGCGAUGAGGAGAUGUCCGCUGAGGAACCACUGGACGAAACGGACGACGCCAAAGAUGGUCUAGCCGAAGCAGACGACGACGGCACUCGGAUAAGGACAGAAAGGCUGCAACAAGGCCGUCAUAAGCGACGACCGACUGACUAUGGCGAAGGAGAUACGCAAAAUUCGGAGCAAGAGGACGACAACGAGGAGCAGGACGACGAAGAAGAUGUUGAUAAUAAAUAUCACGGAUGCAAUCAGCACGAUAAUCGGGUGGUGUUGGCUCAGGAUGUCAUGCUAGAGAAAAAUUCGGGAUGCUACUACGUUUUGUCUCGAGUAUAUCCUCGAAAAAAAAAAGAAGCGGCCCCAGGUGUUCGUGCGCGUGGAGGUGAAAUCACCCAUGUUGUAUUUCCCAGAAAGGCUGCGCAUGAGAAAUGUGAGCUGAUCUGUGAACGGUGCCAGGUCUGCGUACACAGGUACGGGUGCACUUGUAAGGCGUAUAUGCUUCUGGACAAGAUGUGCAAACAUAUACACAGGGUUGCCAGUUGUGUUGGUCCCCCAUCAAAGGAUCUUGUGGACCCUGAUACCGUGAAAGAGGAUUCAAUUGGUAUGCCUGAAGCUCUCCGACGGUUGCAAAGGCUUAACUAUCGGGAGAGAAUGAAGUAUUUAAUGCCUCUAGCUGAUGAGCUCAUCGAGCUACUUAAGAGUGACCAUAACGUAGACCUGGAUCAAUUAGAGGAACUUCUUCGUUCCGGAUUGGCCCUUAUGCGAACGUCAAGGCCUGUACAAAUAACUCGAGAUGAUGAGGCACGUAAUGGUGCCCAACCUAUGGAGGCUCGUAAAGCGUGGGAGCUACGUUGCUGUCCAAAACUGCCAAGACCGAAGAAUUUCGCUUUCAUCACUGCUAGUGAUUGGAGGAUGUACACAUCAAAGUUAGAUGACGAACUUGCAUCAGAAACGACAGGAAAUACGACGAAAUAUGGAGUACCUGUCAAAGAAGAAAUUGUAGACGAAGUUCCAAUGACAUCUACAUCGACUGAAAAGGAUUUCACUAAUCGGCCUUUGAAUCUAUCCGCCCCGCCAAAUCUCCCUGUUGGCAGUGGUCGUCGAAAACAAACAUUACGGGGAGUACCCGCUCCCGGAACGUUGAUUCGAAAACCAGUCAAACAGAAUAUCUCCAUAGGACACUCAGAUAGAUUCCCGUUGGGCCGUUACAUUCGAAAUGGCGUUGGGCUACUAAAAAGACCAUUUCCUCACCUCAUCAAAAAACCACCACUUCCACCGCCGCCUCCGCCUCCAUCACCUUCACCCUCACCUCCGCCUCCACCGCCAUCGCCACCAAAGUCUUCGAAACCAACAAUAUCAGCAAGAGCAGCUAGACACGCUAAACGUCAGGCGAAGAGACGUGCUCUUGACGGAAGCCCUGACGUAGACCCCAUUCCAGAUCUAGAACCUGAAGAGUUGCUGCCCGAACCUCCUGCUUAUGAGCCGGGUCUACCAGAACUGAAGAAGGCGAAAAAGUCUGCCAAAACAGGAAAAGUGCCGAGAACGAAAGCGCCGAAGGGGACGUCCACCUCACACGUACGCACAACAGCUAAAACAGUACCAGUAGCAAUUGAAACCGUAACAACUACUUCAGUAAUGGCACGUAGGGCGAUGCCAGCGGUUGCUUCAAGCGUUCCAACUACAUCAAACGCAACGGAAGCUCUAACAGCACCGGAGUCGCUUGCCGCACCUUUGGUAACAAGUACAGUUCCAAGUCAUCCCAGUCUGCUAGCUCGAGUAGUACCGAGACCGGGCUUUGGAAUCAGACCAAACAUUAUAAGAGUACCACCUUCGAUUGUCCGUAGGAAUGCGAAAUUCUCAAUGCCAGCGCCAAGAAGAAUUGGCCAAAUUGGACCGUUGAGAAGCGUUGCUUUUAGUGCUAGGACGAUCCCACGAAUGCGAUGUAACGUAGAAUCAGCGAAUAAGCAAACUGAAAUCUCGAAAGCUGUAUCACAAGCUCAACAGCUUGAGGAGAAAAAUCUGAAUGACAUGCUGACACAGAUAUCACCACAAAACGCUACAGAGAAGUCGAACGAUACGCGAAAUGAAAAAACGGAGGGAAAAUCAUCGGAGAGCCCGCUGAAAGAUUUAGCGGCGUUUGAAAUUCUUGCUGAGGAAAGCGAGACCAAACCACCGAUGAUCGCAAUUAAGAGUGAGAGGUAUGAUGAACAAAUUCUAACGCCUAAAAAGACGGUGCAACCAGCAAAGGAGUCAGUAAAAAGUCUCCUUUUGGAACGCGAAACUAAGCCAACAAUUGCGAAGACUGAUGAAAACACCUAGAAACGCUUCUUACAUUUUUUGCAAAAUUUAGUCAUAUCAUUAUCCGGUUAUGAACGUAUAUUGUUCUCUGGAAAUAUAACGUUGUCAUGCGCAAUGAGCAAUGUUCGAAGCGUUUUCAGGACAGACUUUAUACAGAUUUUGUAUCGUACUUAUACUAUAGAUUAGCUUGCAGAGGAAUCAACUAAUUUAAGUGCGUGAGUACAGCUUUUUGUAUGUGAAGAGUUACAUAUAUCGCGCAAAUCAUCAAAUGUUUGAUUUUUGCUGGAAAUUUCUUCGUACCGGUGGAAUUUAUUUUGUUCAUAAUAAUUUUAACUACCAGCGGAUAAUAUAUACACAAUGCUAUUCGUUGCUUUUUGUAAAUACGUGACUGUGUUUUUAAUUGGUGUUUUAUCUGCCAUAGGGAAGACGCAGAUUGCUCCCCCUUUGCGUUUUUGUUAAAAAAUUCUUUUUUUCUAAUCGUUGCUUUGUUGAAUUGUAAAUGAGAAAUGUGCUCAAUUGUGUGCAGUGCAUGUUAAGGCAUGUGACGGUUCACGUCUGCGCGCUUAGUUGAAUACGCCAGUAUAGUUUAAACAGUUAAAGUUUUGUUAUAAAAAAAUUGCGUAUUUAUUAAGUUACUACCUGAACAUGUCAUUAGUUGAACUGCUUGAGAGCGAACAGAUUCAUACACAUUGACAAAGCUGUUAUGGACUAACAAUAAAUUGGAGUCCAAGUAAAUAAAUGAUAACCAAAAAUGAAGCAACAUGUUGAAAUAUAAAGCAAAGGUGCAGCUAUGGCGAAAUAUCAUCGUAAUAAUAGCAUGAUAUCACCGGAAACUUUUCAGGUAUAUUUAGAUGUAUUUUUAUUAUAUUUGUGAUUGAAUGAUGAGUAUAGCAUGUAUUUGAUCAACCACUUUAUGCUGCAUAAAUAUAAAACCAAAAUCGAUGUAAAUAAAAAGAAGGGCUUCCUGUAC